AGCUCCAGUUGAGUUUGUUUGGGGGGCAGUAGAGAGUGACAGCUUUGAAAACGGAGAAAGGAAGAGAGAAAAUUUGUUCUGAUCACGCCAUUAUAAUCCACCGUGGAGCAGGAAACUUUUCCCAAACUUCUCGAAAACAGAACCUGUUCUGGACUUUUUACCGAAUCUGCGAUUCCCCACGUCGUCAGAUUUGCUGUACUCGGGGAUUUUUCUCACUGAACUUGUUCACUCGGAAAGUUUCCCUCGAAGAUCGCGAGUGAGGAAGAGCCUGGUGGAUAUCGUGUUCUUUUCUUAACGUUUUUGAUACAAAGACAUUAUGUCGGGGAGUGUCGGGAUGUAUGCUGCGAAGAAACGGAAGAAGCCCGUACAGAAAAUCCCCAAGCCCCCACCUCCAAAUGGGGUCAAGUCAAACCCCUCCAAACGCCACAGGGACCGACUUAACGGGGAGCUGGACAAGCUGACCAGCCUGCUUCCAUUCUCCGAAGAUGUGCAGGCGCGCCUGGACAAGCUGUCUGUGCUGCGGCUCAGCGUCGGCUACCUGAAGGUCAAGAGCUUCUUCAAUGCCACCAUAAAGAAGAACAGCCUGGGCUGGAUGGCGGGAUAUGGCACCAACGGCACCAGCACGUCCACCAUCGAUGGGGUCUCCUUCUCCGAGGGUGAACUCCUCCUCCAGGCUCUGAACGGCUUCGUCCUGGUGGUCACGGCCGAGGGCUACGUCUUCUACUCGUCCCCCACCGUACAGGACUACCUCGGCUUCCAUCAGUCUGACGUGGUCCACCAGAGCGUGUUCGAGCUGAUCCACACAGACGACCGCGCCAUGUUCAGAAGACAGCUCCACUUUGCCCUUGACCCUACUCAGCCUGACGCGGAGCAGGGAGUCGAUGGCAUGCAAAGCCCCAGCGAUAUCAACACCAACAUCGUGACCUUUGACCCCCAGCACAUCCCCCCGGAGAACUCCUCCUUCCUGGAGCGGAGCUUCUGCUGUCGUUUCCGUUGUCUCCUGGACAACUCGUCUGGCUUUCUGGCCCUGAACUUCCAGGGAAGGCUGAAGUACCUCCACGGGCAGAAUAAGAUGAGUGAAGAUGGCACCAUGGCGCAUCCCCAGCUGGCCCUGUUCGUUAUUGCCACACCUCUGCAGGCUCCAUCUAUCACCAUGAUCCGUUCGAAAACACUCAUCUUCCAGACAAAACACAAGCUGGACUUCACACCCUUGGGCAUUGACCCUAGAGGGAAGGUGGUUCUUGGCUACAAUGAAAUAGAGCUCUGCAUGAAAGGCUCUGGAUAUCAGUUCAUUCAUGCUGCCGACAUGAUGUACUGCGCAGACAACCACAUUAGAAUGAUAAAAACUGGAGAGAGCGGUCUCACAGUCUUCAGGCUUCUGACGAAGACUCGGGGCUGGAUCUGGGUUCAAGCCAACGCAAGGCUGGUGUUCAAAGGAGGAAGGCCAGACUUCAUUGUGGCCCGUCAAAGAGCCUUAACGAACGAGGAGGGUGAGGAGAACCUGAGGCAGAGGAAGAUGCAGCUGCCCUUCAACUUUGCUACAGGAGAGGCAGUCCUUUAUGACACAAGUCCAACUCUUGACAUCCAAGGCAGCAGUAAGACUCCCAGGAUAAGCAGGACGUCUGAUCAGAAGGCCCUGGAUCCCAAUUCCAUUCUUGGAUCCAUGCUGAAGCAAGAUCAAUCUGUAUACCACCAGCCCCCUGACUCUGAAGCACAGUUCCCCCUGGACAAAGCUUUCAUGGACAGCCAUGCGCUUUUCAAUGUCCCCAGUGACAACUGGCAUCUAGGGAUCCAGAAGUCCAGUAAUGAGGACGAUAUUAUCAAAGACAUGGUGGAGACACUGGAGCAGAUCCUGGGUGACAAUAACAUGUGCCUCACACUCCAGGAGAUGGAUGUGGAUGCGAUGGAGAUGAAGGAUUGGGAAAACACCUUGCUCAGAAUGAACACCAACAACAGUGACAUGUCUGUUGAGCUCAAGGACAUCCUCACAAAUGACAUCUUUAACUACGUGGAGGAGGAGCUCUUCAAAGGGAAAGGGGAGAGCCCCUGUGUCUCUGGCUCUGAGCAGGUCAGCCCCAUGGAUGAUGUCAACAGCCUACUUGCCCACCAGAACACUUUCCUGGGAGCUUCGGGGAGCCUGACAGCCAUGGAAUUGCCGGCCCCCAUGUUGCAUGAAAACCAGGGCCUCAGCCCCCAGAACCAAGUGGUGACAGAUCCCCAAAAUGGCUUCAUAGGCUUAUCAGGGCAAAGCCUAGUGAAUGGAAUGCAAAAGUUCACUCAUUUGGGGGCCCCAAUUGCUUUGGGGAUCAAUGGCCCCACACCAAUGGAGCCUGCUUUACAGAAGACACCACCAGAGAGCGUGUUUGCCAUACCUGUAGGUUACUCUAAGGUCAGCACUCAGAAGAACUUAGUCCAUAACAUCAUGUCCUUCAGUCCCUGUUCCAUAGAGUCUUGCACUCAAGCUCAGUCGAGGCCUGGCCUGCCCAACUCCCAAGCCUUGACGGACGGGUUGGGACCUUGCUCCCAGAAACAGGCACAGUUACCUGCCCAGGGCUUCUCCACCCCGGUGGCUCCGCAUCUCCAGGGCCACCUGCAGGCAGGUACCCCGAACCAGCAGCCGCACUUCCAGCAACACAACAAUGUCAACCAGCCGAACCACAUCACCCCCAGUCAGUGGGGCCCCACUAUGCCCAGUGCCGGCUUCACAGACCAAAUGGAGGAGGCCUGUCCCCCCAAUGUUUCCAUUCCAGAUAACCUCAUCGAUCCCUCACCGGUAGUCCCUCUUCAAGGACAUUUAUCAUUGCAGACGCAGAGCGCUCAGGUCCCAAGGCUUCAGUCAUGGCCGGCUCCCAUGGGAAAACAUCCUCCUAGCUGUUACAGCCAGAAGCCAGGCUUUAAGAGUAACUGUGUGACUGGUCAUCAGACUCUCAACGGCCAGAACUGUCAGACUGGUUUCGGACAACAUAAAUCAACCAAUGGGGUGUACCCGCCCCUAGGCCGGCAGCCGGUGGAUACCUUUUCACCGCCAACCAAUAGCUGUAUGUUUCAGAGUGGCCCAGCUGCCCCCUCCAACAAGGCUUGCUUCAAUAAUGUGGGGAUGAUGGCCUCCGCCCCCACAUGCCCGCCAAUGAAGACGCCCCAUGACCAUAGUUCCCAGCAUGGCUGCUACUAUUUCCAGAUGAGCACCACUGAUCCCCUGGCAGGCACGUCGUUCCUCCCCCAGGACGAUAUCAACAUGGGCUCGUUGACGUGCUCCCACCUCCCUGGCUUUAGCCCAGAUGGCAUGGUCACCCAGCAGCAGUAUCUCACCUGAAAUGGCCGCACACAGAUCUCUAACUGUCCAGUGGAAGCAAAUGGACCCCCCCCCACCCCAUCCCCCAAUGGAACUCCAUACUCCUUGGUAGUCUCGCCAAUUUCUCAAGGCCUGAACUUUUCCUGAGCAGCAGGGAGACGGACCGAAAGCAGCACUUACUGUGGGAGCUUCCCAAAACCUGCUCCCCCAGAGCCUCCAGAGCCUCCCAUCUUCAGUCUCUGAAGGCCUGGUGUACCUAGAAUAUCACCCCCCCCCCCCCUUCAACACACACAUACAGUUUAUGCAGUGAGAUUCCAGUGAGAUUGUGUUAUGUGGGUGGGGUCAAGAUGACAAUUUAAAAAAGAAAAAUGACAAAGGAGCAGGUAUUGAGCAGGGUCUUGUAGUCGCUCUCUUUUGGUGCAGAAGUGGAAAUGGAUGGAUGGAUGGACAUAUAUUUCUCUCUAUAUAUAUGUAGAAAACCUUUUGGAUAUUUUUCUUUGUUUGUGCCUCCAGCUUUGUUUUUCCUUCCACAAAAGGAGACCCACGAGGCUUGUGGAAACUUGGAGUUAGACUGUGCGUUGGGUGGAAAGCUCACCUCCCCUGGACACUAUAAUGAAGUAAACAAUGGAGGAUGUAAGGAGUCUGCGCCCUGGAAAUCAGUUAGAGCUCUCAUGAUUUACUCAUGCUUACUGGAACAACAUGCAUGGCACUAAGGGAAAUGCAGUGUCGGUUGGCAUGGAGCUGCACGGUGCUCAUUCGCACUAAAUGAAAUCUCCAUGCACACGUGGUUGGAAGGUGCAAGAUCGUAACUGUAAACACAGUUUCAGAUCAUGACCUUACAGUCAAAGAUAUAAAAUGUAUACAUUUCUAAAAACCUGAAAAAACAUUUUUUUUUUAUAUCUUCAAGGCUUCUGUAGGCUUUUUCCCUAGCAGUCAUUUUGCUUUUUUUAAAAAAAUGUUUAUGAAUCAUGUUAUAACAAGAUACGAUAAUCUGAAUAAUACUAUAAAGGAUCAUUUAUCCAGCUUUGUUUUGUUGUUAAAACAUGCCUCUUUUAUAUUUUUACCAGCAUUUAUUUGUAGUUAUUAACUUGCCAAUGAGCCAUUCUUUGUAUUUCCUUCGCUGUCUCCCCCCCCCCCCCACCCCACAACAAUCUUGCGAUAUUUGUUUUCCUGCCGUUUGGCAUUGAACGCUCAAAGCAAGGAGCUAGAUUGCCUCUAUUAGAAAUGCAGUUCCCAUUCUUGAUUCAUGUGCAGUUUUUAAAGCGUGCCGGAUGCCCAAGAGUAGUUGCUGCUGGUGACGAACACAGGACACAGCUCCUUACCACUUACCAUGCAGAUAUGCAGCAUGUGCAUGCUCUCUCCUCUUGGGCUACAGUUAUGGCUAAGCAGUCCCUGACAUCAGUCUGAUGGUUACAGUAGUGUGGCUCAGUUCACAUUUGUUUUAUUCACUAUUGUAUUUUUUCCUAUGGGCCUGUGAGUUGGACAGUGAUGCAAUUUAAUUUGUUAGACGUCGACAUAGCAGGAUUGUGUUGAAUAUUGUAAAAUUGCCAGGGGACAAACUCUCACAUGGCCUCAGUGCAGGGAUCUCAUGCUCUAGAUGGUCGCUGUCUGGUUAUCCUAGCAAUUCGUCAUCGUUUUCACAAGAACGCCACAGAAGGCAUGGUUAGGUAUGUUAUUAAGCGCACAAAGAUUGUUUGUUACCUCCCUCCCUUGCCUUGCACAUGAUGUAAUUAUGUAAAAAAUCUAAUUAAAUGUAUUGUAUGUUUUUCUUCAGGCAUGCAUGUGAAUGUUGGCACUGUGGUUAACUGGUAGGUUUCCUCACCUAAUGGUCGUUUAGCGUGAGAAAUGUUCAUUGUCUGUUCUCCGUCCAGUGCAGCUCCACCGACAACAGCCGCUAGCUGAAUAGAAGGACAUGGUUGCAAAAAAAAGUAAAUGAUGGUAUGUUGUCACGGGAACUGCAUUUUUCAUAAGCGUCCUGCCCUUUGUGCCCUUCGCUUUGUCACAAAGACAAACUUCCAUCCUCAUCUUGUCUUCUCCAUUUAUGAAUUUCAUUCUCACUGUUUUUUUUUUUUUGUGAAGGUGCAUGUAUUGCACUGUUCAGUGAAGAUGAGAGUAACAAGGCAGCUACGUUUGAAUACAAACAUAAUUAGUAACCGGCGAAUGGGUCCUUCUGAAUGGGUCCAGCUGGGUUCUGGCGUUUCCCAAAGUCCUAAACAACAGGGAGAAACUGCAACCAUUUUCACAAAGUUGCAUUUGCAUAAAUAUACCAAAGAACUAAAAUAAAGAUGUUAUGACUAAAGAAAUUAUAAUGGAAUUAUAAUUAAUGCCAGAUUUCCUUAAAAUUUGAAUCAUUGUCAUAAAAUGGGUAAAAGAAAACUACCCAAAAUAACUAGCUCACACUGCAUUUGGUUUAUUAUAAUAUCUAAAUAAACUUUACAUAUCCCAAGUACAAAUUAAGUGCACACAGUUUUGUGGAAAAUAACUAGUGGCACUUUUUUUUUCUUAUGAAUGUCGUCCCCCAUCAGACGCUGAUUAUGUUACACUCUCCAGUAACGCACAUUUCACUAAGCUGCAUGUAUCCUGCAGUUUGGCCUUUUUGAUAUUUGAGAGAUGUUAGGCUUCCAAAGCAUUUGAUACAAUUUUAUCAAUAUCUUUUUGGUUAUUUUGACAUUGUUCAAAAAUCGGGCAGUGUGUGUGAGAGUUUUUAUCAUUUUGCCGAGUCGAAACAGCUGAGUUGUCUUUUGACAAAAUUUGAUGGUUGUCGUUGGCCAGUUCUAAGCAGAACAUCAAAGUCUAGCUGCCUGCUUGACGAGGCCUGUAAUUCACUCCAGACUCAAAGGUGGGUGAAUUAUUAUGGGAUUAUGAGACCUUGGACCUUAACUAUGUAAGUCAUUUGCUGUUUUGUUUCUUUGUUGACUGCUUUCUGCCAUCACCCUCUAAGUCUGUUGAGGAAGACUCCUUUUCUGGGUGGCAUACUGUACAACUACACAAUAGCCAUUGGUUUUUGCAUCAUUUUCUGCAUGUCUUACAACAAUGGAAGCACUAGCUGCUGUAGAUAUUUAUUUUUAGCUGGCCUUUUUAAUGGUUUCUUUGUGAACCCAAGUAUAUUAAUCAAAAUGCAGUAUCAGUGUAUUAUGCAUAUUCUCUUUUUUUAUUACUUGUUUGUCUCUGUUUAUCCUCGUGUCACAUGGUCUUGUAAAGGCCCCCAUUUACCGCAAACAUGUUUUACAUUUUCAGCAAGUCAUUGUAUGAUGUAAGCCUUUUCUUGUUUUUAAAAAUACAAGUCUUGUAGCUUUCAUUUUGCCUUGUAAAAUGCAUGAAUAGUCUACCUUUAUAUGUUUUCCUUUUGCUUUGCAAUGAUAAUAUUCCAUCUUUAUUAUUAAAGAGAUUUUUAAUGCCUUGAA